UUGUCUCUAUGAUGUUAGACUGAUGCUCAGAAGCAGUGUGGUGUGGUGGUCUGGAAAUCAAUCAGAGAACUGGGUCUUACUUCCAGCUCUGCCAUUGACCUGAGUGUGACCUUGGAGAAAACCUGUACCCUCUCUGGAUCUUGGUUAUUCAGAUUUCAGAUGAGCACGUGUACUAGAUGGUUGCCAAGAUACUCUCUAGAAUUCUCUAAUUACAUGAUGUUUCACCUUAUAUAGUCAGUUUGUAUUUUUAAAAUCAGAUCUCUAGAGGUCACUGCAGACUAUUUUUUGAAAAGCACAUUUGGCCUUCAUUGCAGAGUUACAUUUUAGCUUUUGUCUUUCACAUUUGUGUUUUAUCGGAACUUUCUUUUCCUGAUUGACUUAGGGCACGGUGCAGUUCUGGUCUCAUUUGGCAUGAAUAACCAGAAUAACCAGACCCUCUACUGAUUGUCAACCUAGUAUGUCAAUGACCUUCUUAAAAUGUGCCCCAUGCCCAGAACUGUUCAGAACGCCACAGAUGUCUUCUAAUGAGAGUCAAGGACAAUGGAAGUAAUACCCCUUACAAUCUGGACAUCUUGCUUUGAUAGAAUGUAAAAUAUUACCAGGGGAUCCGGGCUGCUGUGAGCAGGGUGAAGGAGAGAGGACAGAAGGCCUUGGUUCUCGACAUUGGUACCGGAACAGGACUCUUGUCAAUGAUGGCAGUCACGGCAGGUGCCGACUUUUGCUACGCCAUCGAGGUCUUUAAGCCUAUGGCUGAUGCAGCUGUGAAGAUAGUGGAGAAAAAUGGCUUCAGUGAUAAGAUUAAGAUUAUCAACAAGCAUUCCACUGAGGUAACGGUAGGACCAGAUGGUGACAUGCCAUGCCGUGCCAACAUCCUGGUCACAGAGCUGUUUGACACGGAGCUGAUUGGGGAGGGAGCGCUGCCCUCCUAUGAGCACGCGCACAGGCAUCUCGUGCAGGAAAAUUGUGAGGCAGUACCUCACAGAGCAACCGUCUACGCCCAGCUGGUGGAGUCCAGAAGGAUGUGGUCCUGGAACAAGCUGUUUCCCAUCCAUGUGCAGACCAGCCUUGGGGAGCAGGUCAUUGUUCCUCCCUUAGAGCUGGAAAGGUGUCCUGGUGCACCCUCCGUCUAUGACAUUCAGCUGAACCAGGUGUCACCAGCGGACUUCACUGUCCUCAGUGAUGUGCUUCCUAUGUUCAGUGUGGACUUCAGCAAGCAAGUUAGUAGCUCAGCAGCUUGCCAUAGCAGGCAGUUUGAACCUCUGGUGUCUGGUCGAGCUCAAGUGGUUCUCUCCUGGUGGGACAUUGAAAUGGACCCUGAGGGGAAGAUCAAGUGCACUAUGGCCCCCUUCUGGGCACACUCAGACCCAGAGGGGCUCCAGUGGCGGGACCACUGGAUGCAGUGUGUGUACUUCCUGUCACAAGAGGAGCCUGUGAUCCAGGGCUCAGCCCUCUGCCUGGUGGCCCACCACGAUGACUACUGCGUGUGGUACAGCCUGUGGAGGACCAGCCCCGAAAAGAAUGGGGGUGACCUCCAUCAAGUGCGCCCCGUCUGCGACUGCCAGGCACACCUGCUCUGGAACCGGCCUCGGUUUGGAGAGCUCAAUGAUCAAGACAGAACAGAUCAGUAUGUCCAGGCCCUGGGGACGGUGCUGAAGCCAGACAGCAUCUGUCUCUGUGUCAGCGAUGGCAGCCUGCUCCCCAUGCUGGCCUGGCACCUGGGGGCAAAGCAGGUAUUUACAGUAGAAUGUUCAGCAGCUUCUCACAGACUGAUGAAAAAGAUCUUCAAGGCUAACCACUUGGAAGAGAAAAUUAAUAUAAUAGAGAAACGGUCUGAGUUGUUAACACCUGCAGACCUGGGGGGUAAAAAGGUCUCUCUCCUGCUAGGUGAGCCGUUCUUCACCACCAGCCUGCUGCCGUGGCACAACUUGUACUUCUGGUAUGUCCGGACCGCCGUGGACCAACACCUGGUGCCCAGCGCGAUAGUGAUGCCUCAGGCUGCCUCACUGCACGCCAUGGUCGUGGAGUUCAGGGACCUGUGGCGUAUCCGGAGCCCCUGUGGUGACUGCGAAGGCUUCGAUGUGCACAUAAUGGAUGACAUGGUAAAGCGGGCCCUGGAUUUCAGGGAGAGCCGGGAGGCUGAGCCGCACCCACUCUGGGAGUACCCUUGCCGCAGCCUCUCUGAGCCCCAGCGGAUCCUGACCUUUGACUUUCGGCAGCUGGUACCCCAGCAGCCUGUCCGUGCUGAGGGCGCCAUCGAGCUGAGGAGGCCUGGGAGAAGCCACGGGGCUGUACUGUGGAUGGACUACCACCUGACCCCGGACAGCACGGUCAGCACCGGCCUCCUGAGGCCUGCAGGGGACAAGGGAGACUGUUGCUGGAACCCCCACUGCAAGCAGGCCGUGUACUUCUUCAGCACCAGUCUGGACCCCAGAGUGCCACUGAGCAGCCCACAGUCAGUCACCUACACUGUGGAGUUUCGUCCUCACACAGGAGACAUCACCAUGGAUUUCAGACUCUCAGAUGACCUGGGUAGUGUGCACUGACCCUCAGUUGUUGGAAAUAAAGUGGCUC